GCCUAUUAUUCGAAGCUCAUGGUAGCUUUCACUUACACAGCUUCACCUUCAACCGCAACAACUUUCUUCAUACAUGAGCACUCCCCCUUAUAUCACAUAGAUAAAUACCAUUUCGGUGGCUCUGUCGUCCAUCCUCACUACAUACCCCGCCUCAUCAUGAUUCUCAGGUUCCAAAGUAAAGAAGGCCAGUUUCGCCUUACUGUACAGCAAACAGACGACUUCGCCUCUCUAUUACAUCCAAUCCUCGAGAAAUUGCCCAAAGACGUUGACCCUACCAGUAUUACUGUGUCAAAUGACCCAAGAGCGGGGGACAAGAGGAAGAUCGCAUCGUUGAAGGGCAUAACUUUCAAACAAGUGGGCAUGAGCAAUGGUGAUAAGAUAUAUCUUGACUGGCAAGAAUCUGCGCCUGCCGCUACAAACGGGCAUACUGCUCCAGCAUCAAUAGCGAACCGGCUCGAUGGCAAACCUGUCCUUCCUUCACAAGAUCCACCGGUCCUCCGUAGCGACCUUGCUUCGCCGACGAAGCUCAUAAAGAACCCCUGGGAUGUCGUACAACAAUCUUCACUUGAUGAUAGGCUGGACAAGUUGGAUGGCAAGAUUUCCAGACCGAAGGAUCAGCGUUUCUGCAAGCAUGGACCGAAGGGCAUGUGCGACUACUGUAUGCCUCUGGAACCUUUCGACGCCAAAUAUCUUGAAGAAAAGAAGAUCAAGCACACAUCUUUCCAUGGCUACCUCCGAAAGAUCAACCAGGGAAAGAAUAAACCAGAGACAGGAAGCUCGUACAUACCGCCGCUGACCGAACCAUUCUACCGCGUCCGUCCCGAUUGUCCUAGUGGCCAUGCUCCUUUCCCUGCUGGAAUAUGCACAAAGUGUCAACCAAGUGCUAUCUCGCUUAAGCCCCAGGAGUAUCGUAUGGUUGACCAUGUCGAGUUCGCCUCACCGGACCUUAUCAAUAGCUUCCUAGAUUUCUGGCGAAAAUCUGGGAGCCAGAGAUUAGGCUUUCUCUAUGGGCGCUACGAACAAUACGAAGAAGUUCCAUUAGGUACCAAAGCCAUAGUAGAGGCUAUAUAUGAGCCUCCGCAGGUCAAUGAAGUGGAUGGUAUCUCGCUAGGGGACUGGGACAACGAGAACGAUAUUGAUGAUCUUGCGCAGCUUUGUGGUAUGCAGAGAGUAGGUGUCAUUGUCACCGACCUCUUAGAUAGUGGCGAAGGAAAUGGUAGCGUCAUUUGCCGUCGGCAUGUCGACUCAUACUUUCUAUCGUCCCUCGAGGUAGUCUUCGCCUCAAGGUAUCAAGCGCGGUUCCCCCGGCCAACGAAAUGGAGCGAGACAGGGAGGUUUGGGUCAAAUUUUGUUACAUGCGUCAUCAGUGGAGACGACAACAACCAGAUCGCCAUCUCAGCGUAUCAAGCUUCGAAUGAUGCUGUGGAGAUGGUACGAGCGGACAUCAUAGAGCCAUCGGCGGACCCUACCGUUAUGCUGGUACAAAAUGAGGAUGAAAACGUGAAUGGCAACCGCAAGCGAUAUAUUCCAGAAGUGUUCUAUCGAAGGAUAAACGAGCAUGGAGCUAAUGUACAGGAAAACGCAAAGCCAUCGUUCCCAGUGGAAUACUUGUUUGUCACCCUUACGCACGGUUUCCCGACAGAACCUCGACCACAGUUCGUGAAUCAUAAGUUUACCAUUGAGAAUCGGGAGGCCCUUGGGGAGGCACAAGAGAUCUCGAAGCUCGCGCAGCAGCUCAAUGCGAAAUCGACCGGGCCAGCACUCAACCAACCUACCGGACUUACCGCGGUGUCAGACUUCCACCUGCUAUGCUUCCUUCAUGGUCUUGGAAUACUUAGCAAAGACGAGGAACGUCUCUUAUGCCGGGUGGCCAGCAGUCAUGAUCUGUCUGACGGCUAUCAGCUUCAACAUAGUGGAGGAUGGGCAACACUUCUGACUAUCCUCAGAGAAAGUGGUGAGCGUCCCCCAAAACGUCGAUCCCCAACAGAUCAUUCAGCAUUCGGCGAUGACAGCGUUCAGCUUGCUAAGAGGAUUAAGGGAGUUAGCCUGAGAUAACGUCCGAUGAUGAUUCUCGCCAAUAUGGUAUUUGCCCUGUGCCGCACAAUUCUCUGAGUACACACCUGCUGUUUACUUUCUGAGUCGAGUUUGGUCAUGUCCCCUCCAAUGAG